CUCAGUCGUAUUGUGGUUUGCCCAGCAUCCGUCUGUUCGCGGCACUGCCGCUACCCCCCUAUAUCAGGCCAUGUCAGAGACUACCCCGCUGGCAGAAGCAUCGCCUGCGCCACCUAGCUACGAUGCCACACCGACGACGGAAACCAACCCGCAAAGUUGUCCAGCGAGAUCUACGCAGCAAGAACGACGAAGUUGUUUCCCGCUUGAACCAUUCAGCCUCCUCAAGGAGCUACUUCCAACUUGCUACUACUCGUAUUUGCCAAGUUAUGUUCGACAAGUUCACAGUUUCCCGCAUUUGGUCCUACUGACCCGAAUGGUUGCCAACUGUUCGUUGUUCAUCCAACUCGUGUUGACGUGGAAAUACUGGGAAGAAGAAAAACACGCCCCUUGGGACUACACUGUGGUGAUUGCAUCCUGCAUCUUUGCAGUGGUGAGUUUGCAGCUGCUUCACAUGGAGCUGGUCCAAUACAGUGUCGAUUUGCAUACCUGCUCCACUGAAGCGCAAAAGAGCAAAGACCAAAUGAUGAACACCUUCAACGGCAUGGUUUCAGAUCUCGACACGAUGCUCGCAAAAUCUGCUGACACGCAGGCUGCCCUUGCAGAAAGGAGUCUGGAUUCUCACAGGCGCGACCUCGCAAACUUCCUCUUGAAGGGAAUCAUGUCCAAAGUGCGCAGCUUCCGCGAAUUCCCAACUCCGGAUUUCCUGGCCUUUCUCAUCUUAUACCUGAAAAUCUUCGAAGAAUGCUCAGCAUACCCUUUGGAAGAGCCCUUCGUGAUCGCCAGUGAAGAUGAAGUCAUGGCGGGUGCUAUGAUUGUCGACACCGUGGAAAUGGUGGGGAAGAAAGCAAAAGCAAUGGAAGUGAAAUUCCUGAAGAAGAAAGUUGACACUGCGAAGAAGUCAUCUUCAACUCUGCGGCAGAAAUGGAAGCGAGCGACCUUUGUUUCAAAGAAGGUGAUGAGUCUGACCGGUUUCUCCAAACUGGUGAAAGUGGUGAAGAAGAAAAACCCGCAGGAAUCCAAGAAAGAGGAGCUCAAAGAAGAGGAACAAGAAUUUGAGUUCACCCUGCCAGCGGCUUUUGAUAGUGAUAUGACCAAAGAGCAGCAGAUCAAGUGGCUUCGAUUUGAUAUGAAUGGACGCUUUCAAAUCGAAGUGGAAGAUGACGAUCCCUUUCCGGUGCAGAUGAAGUUGCUCCUCUUCAGUUGCACUGUGCUGUCCCCCGAGCAUGCAAGGCUGAUCUUCAGUUUUUUAAUUGGAGUUCCUCUGCUGAUUCUGAACAUUGCCGUGGUGAGCCCGCCUUACACCGUGGUCAUAUCCUCCAUGUCUGUGACUUUGAUCUGUAUUGCAUUUGUUUUGCACGACUUUUUGGACAUUGAUGCGAUCCAGAGAAUGGAGAUACAGAUCAAAGAAAUGCAAGCAACUGUGGCCGCUGUGGAGGAACGACGUCAGCAGAUGGUGGAUUUCUUCGGCAGGGUGCACCGACUUGCAGACUUUUGGUUGCAUCGCACUCUGCCGCGCUUGGAGUUGAUGAAGCUUUGUGGCGAUGCCCUGCAGGAUGCUGAAGAACCUGAGAUGGAACCAUUGCUGGUGGAGAUUGUGAAGAAGGUCAGAAACUUGGAAGACUCUUUGCUGCCAAUCAGCUUGUGGCAGAAAGACGCUCUGAAGGAGGCAGACAAGAAGAAGAGGUCAGAGCUAUUGUCAAAGUUGACAUCACGAGCCUGUGCCAAGUAUGCCUUGCAAGAGAUGCCUACUGUUGCACAGGAGCUGCUGGACAUGAAAAGGGCCGCCCUGGAGUCAGCAAACGAUGCCGACGAAGCUCCACAGUGACCUGAGAGGAACUGGCUGCCAGGGUCAAAA